AUGAAAAUCCAUGUGAAUAACAGUCGAAGUGUAACACUUUGUGCCUUAGAAGUUGAGUCGAAUACUACGGUUGAAUGUGUGCAGAAUAAAAUUCAAGAGAAGCUAGAAAUUCCCACAGAACAGCAGCGACUUUUCUUCACGGACAAAAUACUCGACGUUGAGAAAACGCUAGGCGGCUAUGAAAUAUGUAAUGGGUCGUCUAUAAAACGGGAAUUCACAUCGUCUACUACAGAUGAAGCAACAACAUAUGGGGAAGGAUUAAAGAUUACAGAUAAGGGAACCCUGAAGUGGCUCGGUAGCUUUGAAAGCCUAAAAUAUCUCGUGGAGAAAUUGCAAUCACCAAAAGCCAAAUGGAUGACUCCAGGCGGUGGCUCGAAAUUGUAUGAAUGCGAAGAGUUUUCUGUGCGCUGGUAUUCAUCUAAUGGAACACUCACUUUCAAAGGAAAUAAAGCCAAUGAAAUUAAAGCAAACCUCAUCUCCAUCUUGGAAAACAAAGUAGAAGAGAUUAGCCAAAGUCAAGACGAAUUGCAAUAUAGCAGUGAUUUAUAUAAAGAUUCAAUAAAAACUAUCCCACGUGUGACUCAACAUGCAGUAAUUUAGAACAAUAUCUAUUGAUAAACGAUCUCAUGAGUAAAUUCAUGCAAAGAAUAGACGACAAGGUCGAGGGGAUUUAGCAAGAAGUAAACAAUCUGAAGGCCAAUACAAAUCAACCAGAACGAAUUGAUCUGAUCAACAACCUCGAACGGGAAAUAGACGAACUUAAAAACGAAAACUUAGAAUUACGCCAAAGAAAUGCGACUAUAUCGUACGCUAUGGCAGACUUGCAAACUAAACUUAAAGACACGGAGAACGAAAAAAACAGCCUAAUUACGGCAAUUAAGCUGGUUCAACUCGACAAUCCAAACCUAGUGGAACCAAAAAUCAAGUUGACACCUGGCAUGUUGUUCGAAAUAAGAAACCAAACGUUAGCAAGGAUGCCGACAAAACGGCCGCCAGUAUCGCGGAUAUUAACAGAUAUGGAUUCCUUAGUGACAGCGAUGUAGAACCAACAGAAGGACAACGCCCGCCUUAUGUCAGAUCGAUCACGACCCACAAGAACCCCGGCAAUAAAGAAUCAAUUUUUGACACGGAGAAUGAAAUAAAUCAAAAUCUAAAUGGUCAUCGACCGAAGGAAAAUCAAUCUCAAAACAAACCAAAUAUCGCCAUCGUUGGAAACUCAAUGAUUAAGAACAUUAACCCUCGUAAACUAUCAAGAAAACGGGUUAAUAAAUUCACGUUUCCACACAAAAGAGCGGAGGAAAUUGCAUCUGAAAUAAAGAAUAAUAAUGUUCAGUUACAUCCAACCCAUGUUAUUAUACACGCCGGGACGAACAAUCUACCAACCGACACAGGUGAUCAGUGUAUAAAGAACAUCAAAUGUUUGUAUUCUAGUAUUAAAGAAAA